UACCUCUGAAUAAAAAUUAAUCAGAGGCUUCGAGGAACGCCUGCCUGCCGCCGCCGACCUGGUCCGCUGCACUCAUCUACCGCGCGACGAGCGUGUCAACCCCCGUCGGAUCCCGUUCUCUCGUCCUUCGAUUCUUCUCGCAGGUGCACUUCUGCUCUUUCCCCACUUCUCCUUGUCCACAUCUCUAUCGGAAGACAAAGAUCUGUGUUAUUGCUUCAACUAAUGAUCUUCUCUCUCCAUCGCAACACCAAAAUUGUAGAUGGAAAGGCAUAAUUCGGAUGUGUCAUCUGCAAAUGCUGUGCUUCUAGGUGCAUUAGCUUCUGGUGUUAAUGGGCCAACAUGGUUUGUGGUCAAGGUUACCUUCUUGCUGCUUGGAUUAUGUCUUACAGCCAUGCUUGCUUUGGCAUUUUCAUCAAGUGAUUUCAUUAUCGUUGGCCAUGUUCUUUUGCUUGUUACUAUAGGAGUGGUUCUUUUUCUACUCAUCGACAGAUUUAUAGCAGAGACUGGUCUGGUGUCAGUUGAGCAGCAGAUGCACGAGAUGGGUGUUUCAGUCAACAAUGAACAAACUAAGAAAGACAAAAGAACAUAAUGGCAUGUGCCUUAUACUCAAACACCACUACUUAACAUUGUUAAAAGCACUUUUCCAAAGAGAAUUUGCAACUAA